GUCCGGCAAUGAACACGAAGAAGAAGGAGGAGGAGGACGACGACCAAACGGAAGAAGAAAUAAUUUGACGACGUCGCGUUCACGAAGAACUAAACAUCUUCGAAGGGAAAUCAUGCACUGGUUCGGCGGUUCAAUUCCUGAUGCCAUAAACUCGGCUAAACAGCGAGGUUAUAUCUUCGUCGUUGUCAUUACAGGAGAGGACGAACUGUCAACACAGCUCAGGUGCAGUUGGGAAGACGACAAAGUUGCGGAAGCUGCUCAAAGCUGUUGUGUGGCCAUCAAAGUGGACGCCAGAAGCGAGACCUGCGUGCAGUUCUCUCAAAUAUAUCCUGUCGUGUGUAUACCGUCUUGCUUCUUCAUUGGAGAGAACGGAAUACCUCUGGAAGUCAUCGCUGGUACUGUGACUGCAGAAGAGCUGAUUAGAAGAAUCAAGAAAGUGAAAGAGCUGCACGAUCAACAGGUUGGAAAAACAGCUGUCGAUCAACAUCACCAUGAUGCGCCAGCUUCUGCCCAUGUUGCCCCCCGUGGCUCUGCCCCGGCAGAAUCCACUGCUUCACAAUCAGGAACUAAUAUUAGUUUGCCGUCCAUGGAAUGCGCUAAUCCCUCUUUGGGAGCUGCAGAGAAUGAUGUGGGAACUUCUGAAGGUGGAGCUGCAGGUCUAGGUGGUGCUGGUACUUGUGUCCAGACUCAAGAACAGAUGGAUGCUAAAGUUGAAAGAUUAACAAAGAAGCUGGAAGAGCGACGGGAAAGAAGAAAAAAAGAAGAAGAGGAGAAUGAGAUAGAGAAGGAAAUGGAAAGGCGGAAGAUGGGGAAAGAUAUCCAAGAUUUUAAGAGAAAGCAGGAGGAGAUGAAGACAAAGCAACUUCUGGAGGAAAGACUGAAGGAGAAAGCAGAGGAACGGGCUGCGCGGGAGCGUGUCAAACAGCAGAUUGAACUGGACAGAGCUGACAGAGCAGCGCGCUUUGCCAGAAACCAGGAAGAAAAACUUGCAGCUAAGCAAGCACAACUGCAAGCAAGACAGGCAGAGGAGCAGGCCAGGAGAGAGAUGUCUGUGAGGGAGAGAAGUGUAAUAGCUAGGAUCCAAUUUCGUCUUCCGGAUGGCUCCUCUUUCACCAAUAAGUUCCAGUCAACAAGUAAACUCCUGGAGGCUUGGCAGUUUGCUGCUCAGGAAGUGGGAAAUCGCUAUGGGAACUUCACACUUGCCACAAUGUUUCCACGUCGGGAGUUCACCAGUGAAGAUUUGGACAAGACUCUACUGGAGUUGGAAUUGGCUCCAAGUGCUUCAAUUGUGCUUCUACCUAAUUCUGACACAUCCACCAACACUGUGGUCCAGUCCUCUGGAGGUGGAAUUUGGACUCUCCUGGGUUCACUCUUCUACCCACUGCUGGCUGUGUGGCGGUUCCUCAGCUCCUUCCUAUUUGUAAGCCAGUCCAGACCUGGAGGGCCUUCCAACAACCCCCCCCAACAGUCUAAUUCUCACACAAGCUCAUCUACUCCCAACAAACCAAACAGAGAUCAGUUCAGUAAACAUACUCAGGAGAAGCAGUCAAAGGACUUCAAAAAGGAUGGCAAAGUAUGUCGGCUCAGGACACAGGAGGAUACAGAGGAUGAGAACAACACCUGGAAUGGAAACUCAACUCAGCAAAUGUAGCAGAAUCUCUCUCUGCCAUCCUUGCGUCUGAAGACAGACCUUCGUUUUAUCCCCUAACAAUGCUUUACUUGCAUGGACAAAUCUAAAUAAUCCCGGGAUCCUUUUGUUGCUGUUUGAUUCUGCAUUUAGACUGACUGGUGACUUCAGACUGCACACAGUCAUUUCUGAUCACAACUCAUGUAUCCACACGGAGACAUUUACCAGUUGAUGAUGCUGUGAUGCUAACAUCAUAAAAAAGAUGAAUAAAGAGUCUAUAAGGAGUAA